AAGCAUGCAUGACGAUUUCUUUCGCAGGCGCAUACCUCCUACAUGUGAUUUUGUAUGACUAGGCGUUAGGCAUAAGGGUGGGCAGCUAGACCGGUAGCCAUGUUCAAGAUUUGGUUUUCUUUUUCAGUGAAUGAGGUUGUCUGUUCAGGUACAGGCUUGCAGUGACUGGUUUACGGGUUCAUGGCUGAUGUUCCGCAAACUCCCACAGUAGUCGAAAACCAUCAGCAACGCGAGCAGGAGGAAACCGAAUUCCUAGCCCUCCUCACCCUCCUCGAAAAAGCUCUCCGGCACACUCACUACGCCGUAUGCGGCCGCGCCGCUCUCUACGUGUGGGGGUAUCGCCCAUCGCAACAGCAACACUCCUCGUCGUCUCCCCCACCAGAAAAGGUCAGCAUCGUCUGUCCAGAUGGUAACGAAGGUAUUAUCCUCUCGUGGGCGAAAGCGCAGGGGUGGACGUCUGUCGUUUCUAGUGCCAAUGGGUGUUCUUUUGAGGUUCCUAUUCCUUCUGCGCCUGUUCCUGGGAGUGGAAGGAAUGGGAAUGGAAAAGAUGGAAAGGGGGGAGAUGGUGGUGGGAAAAUAAAAGAGGUAACAGUCAAAACCGCUAUCCGCAUGGGUCUGACACUCCCAAACUUUGGCGAUGGGGAUGGGAUGGGCGGGAUGGGAAUGCCAAUGGCAGUCAAAGGCACCUGGGCCGAAGCAGAAAAAAAGGUUCUCAAGACGCAAGCGGCUGUGGUUACGUUGCCUGCGCUUUUGGGCAUGUUGAUGGAGGGGUUUGUUACCGAAGUCACCCAACACCACCACGACCAGCAGCAGGAAACCGAAGCCAAAGCGUCGAGGGCAAGAAGAGUGGAGGAAGCAGCAAAAGUCAUCCUCUGGGUUCUGGGCCGGCUCGUGGAAAGAGGCGAGAGACUCUCACAGGACCAAGUCCCAGAAGAGUUCCUGACCCCCUUCCUGGCUGGAUGGCCCGAAGCUCAUGCCCUCUUAGAGGAGUUGGGCGUUUCAACGUUCGUGUCAGCGUUCGAACUAGAUCGAGAUGAUGAACCCCAACCCCAACCCAAAUCCGAGCCAAGUCCAAGUCUGCCACUGUUGGACGCCGUGACUUUAGCUGCCUUGGAAGGUCUGCCCUCGGUGCCUCCAGUGCCACCGGUGCCACCGAAGGCUCCAGGGAGGACCGUCAUGCGAUCGAUGUCGCCGGUACGCACUACAAGCCCAGCUUCCUCGUGCGGAUCGGAGGAUACCAUUGCGCUGAUCGAGAAUGAGAUUGAGAGCUGGAAUUGCCUGUCGUUGGAGGAGCAGUCCGAGACUUCUUCUUGGGUUUCUAGGGCAGAGACUUUUAAAUCAAGUGGGGUUUGGACUUCGGCUUGUUCUUUGUCGACUGCGGUUUCUUCUGUUCCCUCUUUGUCUAUGGCUUCUGUUUCUGCUUCUUCUUCUUCUUCUUCUUCUUCUUCUUCUUCUUCUUCUUCUUCUUCUUCUUCUUCUUCUUCUUCUUCUUCUUAUUCGGAGCAGAGUGGAACUGGAUGCCGGUCAUUGUCGAGUCAGAGUGGACGAAGUGGACGGAGUGAUAAGCGCGUUCUGCCACCUUGGAAGAGCGACUGGGAUGAGAGGAUGAAGAGGGUUGGGGAGCAUCAUCCUGAGUGGAUUUGAGACGGUGAUGUGAUAGGAGAUCUAUUUCGGUUUUGGGUU